UCAGGACAUCCUCCCCCCGAGCUUUCUCGGUUACAAAAACGGCAGUCUCAACAGGAGGUCACUUAUUCUGCGCGCUUCAUUUUCUCCAGCAUCACACAAUGAUUUCGUGGGUCCUCUUGGCAGUGGUGGGACUUGGCGGGGUCAUCGCUGGGAGCCCUAUUGACGCUGCAUCAAAUGCCCAUGCCAUGACUGCGGAGCACUCGGACAUUUCUAAGUCCACAGGAGUGGAUGUGUCUACCGAGGAAAUUGAGACUGUGAUGGAGACCGGAGAGCUGAACCCCAUCCACUACCCUGCUCAGAGGGCUGCCAAAGUGGUCCAACAUUACCUGAACACCCAACACGGCUCGCCAUACAAAGUCUUUGGACUGCACAAGGUUUUUCGUGCAAAUGCAGAGGAUGUGCCUAACUCUGGAAGAAAGUACCAGCUGGACCUUUCUAUACAGGAGCUGGUUGAGAAAAAAAACAAAGUGGCAUGCUCAGCAGAGGUUUUAUUUCCUUUAGAGGAGAGCCAUGCUCCACCACAGGUCAAGGUUUCAGCUUGCGACGACAUGUUGAAAAUCAACACCUCCAUUCAGGAAGAGGCCUUUUUCCAGCAGCAGCUGAGUCGACCCAGUCUGCUGUUUGCAUCCAAUUUACCCGACAGUUAUGGUCAUGUGGCUCCAGAGCAUGUGCCUUUCUGGCACCUCGGAAUGGUCGUGUCAAGCUACGUCAUGCUCAAUGAAUCCACCCAAGAAACUUUGUACAACGUGGCUCAAGUAGCCAACGUUACACAGCUGGAAAAUGCUGACACCAGCCUACUGAAGUAUGAAUAUGACGUACUGCUGCAUGAUAUUGUGUCCCAGGAAAUCUUAGCCUGGAGGGUGCUGGUCACCUGGUCCCCGACUGAGGGAAUUAAAGUGCUGAAGAUGGAAAAACGUGACUACACUUCAAUUAACCUAAAAACUACACUGUUGUAAAUGCUAUUUUUCUCUUUCACUUGAGAGACAUCCAGUAUUAGAGUUAGGCCACGAGCACCAACCCACCUCUACAUUUAUGAUAUAAUAAAAGAGCAUUUACACAGAC